AUGGAAUUUUUCAAGUUAGUAGUAGCAUCACAAUUGGAAAAAAGGUUAACAAAAGAAGAUUAUUAUGAUCUUAAAGAUGAUCAGCUAAAUGUCUCAAUGAACUCAUCGACCGAUGCAGCAUUGACGGAGUUAAAUGCAUGUCGAAAAAUGAGUAUCUCUUCAAGACACAAUCAUGAAGAAAGUGCUGACAUAUCUACGGAAUUAUCACAAAGCGGCGAUGAGACCUCGCGUCGAGAAAGUAAUACAAGCUCAGCAAGUAGGAGGAGUACGCGCCGCCGACAACCAAAUAGUCGAUACAAUGAUUUACUUUACAGUCAACAAUUAAUACAUGUACAAAAUCAAAAGAACCAGUUACCGUCUUUAAAAAACGUAUUCCGAGGAAUAGCACUCAUGCGAAGUCACGAGUAGAUACGUAUCCAUACACAAAUAAUUUAUUAGGGAUUAGUGUACGGUGGCCAAGAUGGCGUAUCAAAAAAUCUAUAUGAAAAUACUUGUUAUGCCAUCCGCAAUAUAUUCGGAUAAGAAAGAGUUAGUAGUAAGGAAUUAGAGGUGUUCAUGGAAACUCAUUUGUGAUAUCAGAAUUCUCUUACACGCGAGUUUCUUAGAUUUUGUUUUAAUUUUGUAGCAUUGACUCAGCGCACGGAACAUAAUUCAUCUUUACUCAACGUGUUGUGCUCUUUUAUAAAUGAGUGACAAAACAAAAGAAAAAAGUCUUUAAGCACACUCGACGGUGAAGUGUAAAAGUACGUAUAAACAAAGGAAAAUGACGAGAAGAAGUAUUCUGUCUGUUGGAAAAAUACUGAGGGUGAAAGUCAUACAUCUUGCGCGUUAUCCUUUUUUCUGAGUGCGCAUGCUAAUGGAGAAUACGUGUAAAAAAAUUAUUCAACUUUUUUAUUAUUAAAAUUCUUACCGCAUUUUUCUCUUUUAGCUUUGUUCUGUUAUUCCUCUAAUAAAUAAAAUGAUUAUGAUGUUUAGCGGUACGUUUGUCAGAACGUUCGUCGUCGUUUCUGAGAUGCAGCCUUAACAUUAAGCCUAGCCCUCCGCGACGGAGAACUGCUGCAGUUGAAGAUGGACGUUGCUCUCUAGAGACGGUUGUACGAGUUUAUGGUGCAUGUUUUAGGGAUUCUGGUUAAACCCUCAUAAUUUUUGAAUAAAAUAUCAUCCACAGCUGGGAAAUGUCUCAUUUUGAUGAGAAGUGUUUGCUCUAUAUUUUAAAGUUAGUGAAACUACGUUUAGGUUUUAAUGUUUGCCGGAAAGGUACAAUUUGUCACAAAGUCACUUGUUAAGGCUUUCAGAAAACGUUUCUAUAAAUCUUCACACCCUAUUUAUGAAGACUGACUAAACAUGAAGACAUUGUGGGCUAUCCGAUGAUGUGCUCAUGUCAAAUCAAUAUCGACCUCUUAUAAAACAGUUUGUAUUUCCGACUCGAAUAUUGACGAAUGAAACAGGAAAUCUAUGUCGCAUAUAAAGCGCUUUUCUCAAGGAUCACUCAAUUUCCUUUCAGCUCGUAGAUGUUUUCAUCAUGAAAAAUUCUUCUAUCGUAUUUCUUGCAACAUUUCUGCUGUUUAUACUUCUACAUGCUUCGUACUUAACAGUCACUUUAUCAUAUAGCUUUUCGUUUAAAUGAUGGGUUGGGCGUCAUUCCGCUACUAUUGU